AUGUCCUACAACCUCAACACCCCAUCUGGUACAUAUAACAAUAUUAACUACGACCAGUCGCACGGUUAUGGCCAGUCCCCUUCCCAUUCAUCCGGUUAUCAAUCCUCACCCCAUCAAUCCACGCAUUCUGGUUUUCCCACCGGCUUUCACCCUCACUUGCAGCAUCAGUCUCCACUCCACUCACGUUCACAUCAUCCCCCCACCUCUGGUUCCCAGCAAUCACUCCUUUACGCUCGACGUCAACAAGGUCCACAGCUCAAUUGUAUGGAUCCUAACUUUACGCCUCACAUCCCCCAAUUGUCUGAGCUUUUUGAUCAGCUUGCUUCACCUUCUGAGUUCCACUCCUCCAAUUAUGCGCAUCAGCGUCACGACCACUUGCCCCACUACAACAGCUCCCCAUUAAACCCAUCUGAUGCUCGUACUCCUUCAACCUACUAUUCUCCAUCUGUGCGUCUAUCCCCCACUCCUCACAUUGCUAGCCCCUUGUCUUCCCAAGUCAAUAUUGCUAAGCCUAGAGCCAAGCGAGCCCCCCGUGUUGCUUCAUCCAGCACCAGUAGCACACCAUCUUUGACCACUCAUCCAGCCUUACCAGCCCAUAGUACUACCCGUCAAGACCAACCUGCAUCUACUGCUCCCCUUGCUUCCCUCAACCAAACCAGAUCGCGCAAGCGGAAAAAGAUUCAAGAGAGCAAUCAGCCAGCACCCCAACCUUGUUCACAUGAGGAGCUGAUGAAUCUAACUGAAGCGCAGCUGGCCAUUGAUGCCAAGAAAUACUCAAAGAAGGCAAUGUCCGACGCCGAUAGAGCCUUUUUUGCUGAAUUCUAUCACAAGCAGCGAAAGGAGCUCUGUGUCCAAGCGAUUGAGCGAGGUGUUUCACUUCCCAUGGUAGAUGCCUAUCUUGGUAAACAGAUGCCGGUGAAGAAGCCAAACCGAUUUAACCACUUCAUGAGAACAAAGCGGGCAAGAGCUGUUUUCCGUGGCAGGUGUGAAGAACAAGAACAGUAUGAAGGAUGCGUCACUAUUGUGGAACAAGCUAACCCUGAGGCGCAAGCUGCCUAUCAAAAUGGUGUACCAGAUGAUGAUUACAAGACAGACGAUGAUGAAACACCUGUCAAUGAUGGGAUUCGCAAGUCGAUGUCAUUCAAGAGGGCCUCUGAACAAGUCCCGAGCUUUCUGGAUGAUUGA